UUCAAUGAACCGGCUGUCAUCAUGAAAAAUAUUAUCAUUUGUUUAAUAUUCUGCAAGUUUUUCAUAACUGGGACGAUUGCAGACGUUCUAGGAUGUGGAGGAUUCGUAAAAUCUGAUGUUGAAAUUAAUUUUUCCUUGGUUGAGAUAAAACUCUACACACCUCACAAAAGCAUCAAAUACCAGACUGACUGUGCCCCGAACACAGGCUACUACCUUAUUCCACUAUAUGACAAAGGAGACUUUGUACUGAAGGUUGAACCACCUGCAGGAUGGUCAUUUGAACCCGAGAGUGUGGAGCUUCAUGUAGAUGGAGAAAAGGACCCCUGUAGCCUCGGACAGGACAUCAACUUUGUCUUCACAGGCUUCUCGCUAAAUGGCAAGGUUGUGAGUAAGGGUCAGAAAUUUGGGCCAGAAGGAGUUCUGGUCAACCUGUUUAAGGCUGGCUCAAAGGACAUUUUACAGUCUACAAAGACAACACAGGAUGGAAGUUACCAGUUCACCAAAGUACUGCCAGGAAAGUAUGAUGUUCGAGCUUCAUCAGGGAAGGACCAGAAGUACAGGUUUGAAAAAUCAGAGGUGAGUGUCGAGAUAGGACUGGACAAUGGAGAUGCAGGCAGUUCUCUCGUCAUCGCUGGAUAUUCUGUCUCCGGUUUGGUAUACAGUGAAGGGGAGCCCAUCAAGGGAGUGAACUUUCUACUGUAUUCUACCACAGUCAACCAGAAGGAUGUAUUGGAGUGUGACAAGUCAGCCAUGUCGGGUAUGGGCAAGUCUGAUAAGCCCUUGUGUCAUGUUACCUCAGACGCUAGCGGGAAAUUCACAUUCCCCUGUCUUGUUACGGGGGAUUACUACCUGAUUCCUUUCUACAAAGGUGAGCACAUCACAUUUGAUGUUGAACCAGAAAAACUCCCAUUCCAAGUGGGGCAUUCUGAUUUGCAGUUGGAGCAAACUUUCCAAGUGGCAGGUUUCUCCGUUACUGGACAAGUAGUAGAUAGUCCAAAGGGCAAGGGUAUAGGAGGAGUUACAGUGCUGUUAAAUGGUGAGGCAGUGAAGAAGACCGGACCAGACGGUUUGUACCACCUCGAGAACAUGAAGACAGGGAUGUACCGUCUGAACAUGCGGGCGGAAAACUUGGAAUUUGAGGAACAGAAUAUUCGAAUCACACCAAACACUCCACAACUGCCCGAUAUCAUACCUGCCAGAUUCAACCUGUGUGGUAAGGUGACCAUUAACAAGUUCCCUGAGGGUCUGUCCACACAAACCAUCAAGCGUAAGAUGAUCAUAUUUCCCGAGGGUAAAGGUUCAGCUGCCGUCUCCAAGGAAACAGGGGAAGAUGGGAGGUUCUGUUCCUAUGUUGCUCCUGGCAAAUACGUUGUCAGGGUCCACCUGUCUGAUGCGGAGAUCAAGGCUGGAUUGACCAUUGCCCCAGUGGAACAAUUGGUCACCAUUACCAACAAGCCCAUUCUUGACCUAGUCUUCUCACAAUUCCGGGCCAAGGUUACUGGCUCAGUCACCUGUAUUGAAAAGUGUGGUCCUAUUGAGAUUUCUCUUGAUGCAGUUGGCCGCUCCGACAAACAAAUUGCACAGACCCAGGGAAAUCAGAAAACCAGCACAUUUACAUUUGAAAAUGUUCUCCCUGGGAAAUACAAAGCUACGGUGUUGCGUGACAGUCUGUGUUGGGAGGAAAAGACGUUGGAGCUUGAAGUUACGAGCAAGAAUGAUGAUAGUCUGUCCUUCCUGCAGACUGGAUAUAUUCUUAAGUGCACCAUUUCACACUCUACCACUCUGAACUUUUCCCAAGACAAAAAGGCUGACAGUGUUGGCUCGUUCGAGCUGAACAAGGGGAAAAACAGGUUCUGUCUGGCUCAGCCCGGAGUAUACCAGCUCAGGCCAGACUCGUGCCACAAGUUUGAGAAAGAUGUCUACAAUUAUGACACAUCAAACCCAGAAACCCUGACCAUGACUGCAGUCUCUCACCUAGCCUUGGGCACAGUGAGUACAGAUCAGCCAGUCAAUGAUGCCAUGGUGACCAUAGAAUCGUCCCUGGGGACUGACCCCACGACCCUGGGGCCUCUCACCUUAGAAAAAGCUGCCGGAAACGCUUCUCAGGCCAAGGAGGCGCAGGUGUACAAAUUCAGCUACUGGGCAAAGACGGGGGAGAGUGUGAAGGUGUCAGUGAAGUCUUCAGAGAUGCUGUACAGUCCUCCAGUAUUACAGAUAUCCAUCUCUGGAGAGGUCUGUCCUGGUGAAGUGUUCAAGUUCAAGGGAGAGCGGGGCCAGUUUAUCGUGGGACAUGUGACUCCGCCCCUAUCUGGGGUCAAGGUCACAGUAACAGACAGUCAAAGUCGAAUGGAACCAGUUGUUGCCCAGACCAGUGAUAAAGGGGACUUCAAGAUUGGCCCCCUACACAAAGGUUUUGACUAUGUUGUGUCGGCAGAGAAGGAAGGCUAUGUUAUGGAGAAGGAGGAGGGGGAAAUGGCAGCAUUCCGAGCUAGACAGCUCUCACGCAUUGAUGUCAAGAUAGCAGAUGAGGAGGGUGGAGCCCUAGAUGGUGUGUUGUUGUCAUUGAGCGGGGAGAAACAAUACCGCAGUAACAACCUGACAAGAGAUGAUGGAACUAUGACCUUCAUUGGACUGAGUCCAGGUCAGUAUUUCUUGCGGCCGAUGAUGAAAGAGUACAAGUUUGAGCCAGUAUCACGUGUGAUUGAAGUCACAGAGGGCACUGCUGUAAAUAUUGACAUCAAGGGGGUCCGGACAGCUUACAGUUGCUAUGGAAUGGUUACAUCACUGAAUGGUGAGCCAGAGUCGGGGCUGUUUGUCGAGGCUCUCGGCCAGGGGGACUGCUCAAUGUACCAGGAGGAGUCCAAGACAGAACAAACCGGUCAUUACCGGAUUAGAGGGCUACAGCCCAACUGUACGUAUGAGAUUCGCCUUAAGAUUGGAGAAAUGAACAAACACAUCGAGAGAGCUGCUCCCAAAUCCAGAUUUGUAGUGGUGGAGAAUUCAGACUUUACUGGUGUAAACAUCAUAGCAUUCCGACGUAUGAACCAAAUGGACAUCAGUGGAAAUGUGAUCACUGACCCAGAGUACCUUAACACUUUGAAGGUUCGACUGUACCGAGAGGACAAUCCCAACCAACCAAUGACCACGGUCAGUCUCGGAGUGGUCAGCUUCUUCUACCUGCCUUCUCUACAGAUGGACGAAUCUGUAUACUAUGUGAAGCUGGACAGCACCCUAGCCAAGUCCAGUUACGAGUUUGACCAGCCAGAGAUAGAACUGACAGCAAAUAUCUCCUACAAACACAUCACUUUCAGCUUCAAUCCAAAGAGAAAGAGUCUUGAGCAGGAGUUGAGCCAGAGUUCCGUGUUGAUGCUGCCUUUCACCAUCCUCGUGAUAUUCGCCAUUUACAACUACCAGAAGUUGUUACCCUUUGCUCUGCAAAUGUGGGGACAAGCUCAACUAGCGAUACAGCGGAGACAAAACCCAGGCAUGCACCAACAUCAGCAGCAUCAUCAACAACCGCAGCAGCAGUAUGCAGCACUACAUGACUUUGAUGAUUCUCCUGUUUACAAGAAAAAACCUAAGCCAAGGAAAACUUGAUCUCAGUGCAAUAUAGCAGCUUUAAUAUUUUAGAUAAUGCAGAGUUUUCAUAGUACAUUUUGUAUUGUGAGUUUGUGAAAUAAGAGUGAUGAUUUUGGUACUGAAUUAUGUUUACAAACUUAUUUUUGUAUCAAACUUUAAUGUUUGGAAUGAAUAGUAAUAGAUAAAGCUCCUGAGUAAAACAUUGUGUGCACAAAAUUAAAGCCCUGCAGUAUUAUGAAAGAGCUUUCUGCACCUUUUGAUAUAAAUCAUUUUUUGAAGCAUUGAUAUAAGUAAAUCUGUUACAGUACUAGUGUACAAGCGGUAUGUUUUAAGUGGAAUAUUGUUUUAUUAUUAUAAAUCAUUUGUUAUGUAUGUUUAUAAAUUAUUCACUUAGAUGAACAUGUAUCAUGUUAAGUGUUACCAUACCCAUUGUGUGUAUCCUAGAGAAAUGUUUUGUAGUGUAUGUAUGCAGACUUACAGUGCAAUGGAUUUGUGGACUGAAGCUGGAACAAUUACCGCUUCCAUCAACCACAGUGUUGUUAUCAGGUGUUAUAAUCAUCACAUUCCUGCUUUAAAACUUCUUUUCAUUUUAGAUAUAUUCUACAUCAUAUCGAAAAAAUGCCAUCUAUAAACAUUUUUAAGCUACUUUAUAUUGUUUUUAUGUCAAAUGUCCAUUUAAAUUAGUGUAUACCUAGUAAUCUUGGAAAAAUUGACCCAUCAAAUCAUUACUUCACAAGAAAUUAACCUCAGUUCUAUAUUUGUGAUGACUUGAAGACAGAUGGGACAUUUUGUCAUUGAGCAUGCAAUGAAAUAUCUGAGAUCAAGUAGCUGUUAAAUAUGAAGCGAGUGCCACAAAUGAAAUAAACUUUGCCGGAACUGACUAACAAAGCUAUUGUGUUCGAAAUGGUUAUUACUAUAAGGUAAAAUCAAUUAGAGAUGAUAUGAUACUUGCAUUAAGAGGAUGGCAUCCCACUGUAUUCCAAUUACAAUUUUAAGCAGAUACAUACAUGUAUAUCUUCAAGUCAUCACAAAUAUUAACUCAUUUAUAUCAGCCUUUGAUCAAUGAUUGAAUGUAUAACCAUGAAUGAUUUGUAUUCCUAGCACAACAUUAUCCCAUCCACCAUCCAUCGUGUGCAUUUAUUCCUUUUUUGUAACUAAAAAUUUAUAAAUAUGACUACAAAGAAUAGAAAUGUGAAAACAU